CAUGACGUCACAUGAUAAGUAGGUAUGCCCGCCGCUUGUGGGCUGCCCAUUGUUCUCGAGCAGCACAAAGGGAAUCCCAUAAAGCCGGCAACGGCUUGCCUACCGGAUCAACAUUUAUUUCAAACGGCAUGCCACUCGAGCUAACUUGGGAAAAUUUAUAGUGGUUCGUAUGCCACAUUUCCGACGCCCCACUCACUCUACUAGAUUGAAGUUCUGACUACCAAGUUUCAUUUGGGUUCAAACGGACAUGCCUGCCUCGUUCUACCAGUUCCCGUCGUCAGUCUUUCGUCUUUCCGCAGAGUCCUCGGGCCGGUCGUGGCCAAUGUACGAUGCUCGUCAGCCACGAACUCGCAAGGCCGGUACAUUCGGCUCGCGGGGUCAAGCUGCCGCCAUCCAUGUUCGCAAAAGGCUCCAGAAGGAGAAACAAGAGCAUCGCAAUACCAAUGAACAAGUCAAGGCGGAGGGGCCUCGGAAAUCUUUCUCUCGAGAGGCGGCAGAUGCGCUUGCAAUUGGAAAUGUAUCCCGAGCCCUGCAAUUGCAACAACGUGCCCAAGUGGCGGCCUCCUUCGCUUCCGGUCUGGUGUCAACGGCCAGCGAACCACGCUCGCCAUCACUACAUAUAUCUGGACGAUCUUCACCCACCGCGUCUCUUGUGUCGCUAUCGGGCGAUUCGGGUUAUGAGGAGACACUGGGGAGCAUUCUUCCCAGGACGAUCUUGAUGUACCUGUGUCUGUAUGCCGUAUUCUACGUGGCUCCGGUUCCGAAUUGCCGGGGAGUCCAGCCGUUCCAUAUACCCACAUCAACAAGCCGGACUAUGCGAACAGACGCCACGCCCGGCCUCACUGCUCAGCGAGCGUCUCGUGCGAGAAACAAGCUAUCCCUCACCGCGUCAGCCUUUACGAUGGUCACAGGACAUCGGAAGGGCGUCCGUCUCUGGGUAUCCUCGCUCCUUUUAUCCAACUCGUCGCAGACCUCGGCGGGGGAACCAUGCGUCUUGCCUCUAACCAGACGCCUGGCACCACUGCCUCGCUUCGAUCCCUUCAUGAGGACACGAUCGGAGUCACUCUCUUCAAUCAUCCAUGCUCCCAACACUAUACUCACGGGCCGCACCGAUCUCGUGUGUUUUACGAGGUCUGUGCGGAAGUGCAAGACGACGGGAAAUAUUAAGGGGGCAUAUCGACUCGAUGUAGGCCAUAUGCGCUGCCAGUAGGAUCGAGUCGCUUCUACAUGCCUCCAUAUAGGAACAUAACUUAUGCCUACUUAUCAUUGGAUGACGAUUCACGCUUAUGUAUAAUAAAGUGGCACAGUACAAUACUUCGUUGUUCGCGGUG